AUGAAUGCGCCAUUUUAUGAUUGGUUUGGGCAUUCAGUGGAGGAGGUGUUUCCAGCUAGUGCGAAGCUUGCAAAGGCGUUAAAGAGAUGUAGUCGGAGUGGGAUAGAGGGAGGGAGAGCGGAAGAUAGUGCGUUUAGUUUGGCUAUCGGUGGUGGUGAGAGCGUGUUUGAGUUCUUUGAGAAAAGGCCUGAUAAGCAGAGACGGUUUCAGGGUGCGAUGGAGGCGGUGGGUAUGGAUGGAGGACAUGAUUUGGGAUUUGUAGUUGGGAGGUUUGAUUGGGGGAAGUUGGGGAGGGGGGUUGUUGUGGACGUAGGAGGAUCCUCCGGCUUCCUGAGCAUUGCUCUCGCGAACGCAUACGGGGACCUGUCCUUCGUGGUGCAGGACUACAAACAUACCGUUGAUGAAGGGCGUGCGGCACUACCCCCUCAUUUGAGUGAAAGGGUAUCCUUUCAGGCGCAUGAUUUCUUCGCCCCGCAGACUGUGGCCGGCGAUGUGUUCCUUCUUCGCCAUGUCUGUCAUAAUUGGUCUGAUGAGAAUGCGGCGCGGAUUCUGCGGAAUUUGGUCCCUGCUAUGAAGAGUAGUAGUCGGAUUUUGUUGGUUGAGGUGGUGACGGUUCGUCCGGGGGUUGUGAAUCGGGUGCAGGAGAGGUAUAUGCGGUGA